GUGCCCUCUUUGUGAUGCCAGAGAAGAAGAAGAAGUGUGAGCGGAUCCGGAAGGACAGAGUCUGACAGAAGGACGGAGCCGUGCUGUGUUGGGACUGUAGUGAACUAGCUUUGGAAAGAUGUUGUCCAAUAUCUCUAAUGUGCUGAGAGCUGGCGUGCAGAGAAAUGGAGCUGCAGUGGUCAUUUCAGCACGUACAUACGCUGACUUCACACCCGAGGCAACAUUUGAAAUAAAAAAAUGUGACAUCCACAAGCUGGAAGAAGCCCCGGCCACUCAGGUGGUCAUGACUCGUGAGGAGGGCCUGCAGUAUUACCGCACCAUGCAGACCAUGAGGCGUAUGGAGCUCAAGGCUGAUCAGCUGUACAAGCAGAAGAUCAUCAGAGGAUUCUGUCACUUAUAUGACGGACAGGAGGCCUGUGCGGUGGGUAUCGAAGCAGCAAUUAAUUUGACAGACCACCUGAUCACUGCAUACCGUGCUCACGGCUACACCUACACCAGAGGAGGGACAGUGAGGGAGAUCAUGGCUGAGCUCACUGGCAGAAGAGGAGGUAUUGCAAAGGGCAAAGGAGGCUCUAUGCACAUGUACUGUAAAAACUUCUAUGGAGGAAAUGGAAUUGUUGGAGCUCAGGUCCCCCUCGGUGCUGGUGUCGCUCUGGCCUGCAAGUACAUGGGCAACAAUGAGCUCAGUGUCAGCCUCUAUGGUGACGGUGCUGCCAAUCAGGGUCAGAUUUUUGAAACCUACAACAUGGCAGCUCUGUGGAAGCUGCCAGCCAUCUUCAUCUGUGAGAACAACAGGUACGGCAUGGGCACGUCAGUGGAGCGAGCUGCCGCCAGCACAGAUUACUACAAGAGAGGAGACUUCAUCCCUGGCCUCAGGGUGGAUGGGAUGGAUGUUCUGUGUGUUCGGGAGGCAACCAGGUUUGCAGCUGAUCACUGCCGAUCUGGAAAGGGUCCCAUCCUCAUGGAGCUGCAGACCUACCGCUAUCAUGGACACAGUAUGAGUGACCCUGGAGUCAGCUACCGCACACGUGAGGAGAUCCAGGAGGUUCGUGGUAAGAGCGAUCCCAUCUCUUUGCUGAAGGACCGCAUGCUGAGCAACAACAUGGCCAGCGUGGAGGAGCUGAAGGAAAUCGACGUGGAGGUGAGGAAGGAAAUUGAAGACGCGGCUCAGUUUGCCACCACAGACCCUGAACCUCCGCUGGACGACCUCUGCAACCACAUCUUUUCCAACGAGCCUCCCCUGGAGGUGCGCGGCACGAACCCUUGGACCAAGCUGAAGUCUGUUAGCUAAAGUUUUUUUCAUCACCACACUCGUCCUCUUGAUUAUAUACUGAGCAGCCCUGCCCCUUAAUAUACGCACACAUCACAAAAUGUAACACAAACUAAUGCCUCUGACCCAGAGCUCUUAAUCAUCAACAAGGUUCUUCAGUGCUGGAUGUUUGAACAGAAGGGACCACGUUCACAAAGAUGUUCUGAGAAUAAAACUUAUGAUACAACACUAAAAGUCAAUAUUUUAAACUCUGUGCCAAUUAGUCCCAUUAGUCCUUCUUUCUUUACAUUUGAAGAGCUUAGAACUCUGACCUCAGAAGAUUAUUUACUGCCACUUUGUACUGUUUGAAAAAAAACAUACCCUACAGCCUUGAAUUUUAUCAUGUUUUCAUUUGAUAUUACAACAAACACUUACUGAGGGAAGUGUAUAUAAAGUGGACUUGGUAGUAAGUUAGAUCAUUUUCUGAUGGUUUGUGUGUCAAAAAACACUCAUGGAUAAGUUUGCCAUCAAGCUGCAAUAGUGUUGUAAAAUUCAAAUUCAUAUUUAUUUUACUAUCUUGAGAAUAUUAAACUAUUGGCAAACUCCCUACAUUAAAGAUCUAUUGCUAAAAAUCAACACCUCUUAAGUUGUGUUAUUUAUCUCAUCUAUGAAGUUCAUGCACAUAUGAUUAAUACUGCAUGUAUACCAAUACUUGAGUUUAUUUAAAAGGGAUAUAUUUAAGUAACAUUGAGCACUUCUCAUGUUUUAUCUUAAGGACGUUUUGUUAAUUUGGCCCCGACUCAAUAUGAUGAGUUUUGUUUGAUGGUUUUCUCUGGUCAGGUUUUGAGGCAUAUCAAUCCAUCACUGUUCUUCAUUCAAAAGUAAACAUAAAAAGGUUUGUACUCUUUAUAUUUAAGUGUACAUGUUAAACCAUUUACUUUGAUUUAACUCGUUUAUAUCUUCUUUAUUGAACCCCUUGAUACAAAGACAUUCUAAAAGGAUGCAGGGUAAUAGACUCUCAGUUUGUCUCCAUAUCUUUUUCUCAUUCUGUAUGUAAGAGAGGGUAAAGAACACCAAGGGAAGAGUGAAAUGUUUGACUUUAUCUUGCCAAACCAAACACGUGCCUGGCAGAUCUCAAGUUGUUUUUAGAGGAUGAAUGUGUCGCUUCAUGUUUGUGUCACACUCCGAGCUGAGCAGGUGAUUCUGUGCAUCUAAAGGUCAGGUGUUAUUAAAAAUAUGUUCAGAGUGUUUGCAUUCACAUAGUUAUUUUACAGAUACUCAGGUGCUCUGGUGCCUUGUUUUUGUUUUCCAUUUCAUGUUUGAAGCAUAAACUGAGAAUAAACAUCUUAGUCAGGAAGAUUAAUCAUCCUUAAACACUCAAAAUGAACACAAACUAACCCAUCAGUUGCCUGAAACAGCUGUGCAUUAAAACAUUAUGACUUUUAGACGAUGCAUUCAUCUUCAAAGCUUCAUAUUUCACACACAUUUUCAAAGCAGAGGGAGAAGUUUGAUUAAGUGUUGUUGGUGCAGCAGAGUGAGCAUCGUAGCUUUAUGUUCCACUUGAACUGUGUUAUAAAAAAAAACAUCAGCAGGGGUUCUUGAAACGUACAGGAAUAUAUUUGGACAUUUUAAAUCUCAGAUUGUUUUUGUUUUUUUUGAUCACCUCAGAUUGCUGAAUAACAAAACAACCUAUCAGAAUGUAGUACAAGAAGCAAGCUGUCAUCCUCCUCACUGUGUUUGUAUUGGUAUCUAUAGUAUUUAUAAAAAUGCUUCUAGGUUUUUUUUUUUCACAGAUGUGAGAAGUGUGUGAUGACAAAGGAAGACAGUCUGAAUUUUAAAAUAUCAAUACCUGUCUGGAUACAGCUGAAAAAGGCUAGAAUGUAAGCUGAUGUUGUAGUAAACUGUUACAUUGAGGUCGGCAGAUGAAGCAGGGAAACGCUCCACGAAACAUUUUAUGUUUUAUGUGUGCGUCAUUGUAAUAAAAGACUAUAAGUAA